AUGCAUUCGAGCCACGCCGAUGACCCCAAGGAAGCCAUACAGCUGAUCAAGAAGCAACUGGUGAAUGCCAUCAAGGCGUUGCAGAAGCAGUACGUCACCUCGGAUGCCAUCGUAACCAGCGACGAUGGGAACGCCAACACCCUCUGCAGCGCCCUGGAAGCUGUUUUUGUGCACGGGCUGAAGGCAAAGCACAUAAAGCCAGAGAGUGGGGGGAAAGGAAAGAAAACAGGAGGUCGGGGACCACUUCCCCAACCUGUCUUCUGGGGUUUGCUGAAGAGCAUCACCCAUCGAAAUAUUGUCUCAGAGCUGGAACAACUCAUCUUCAUCAAUACAGACGUGGGUCGCUGCCGAGCCUGGCUGAGGCUGGCUCUGAACGAUGGCCUCAUGGAGUGUUACUUGAAGCUGCUGCUGCGGGAGAGGUCCCGGCUGCCCGAGUUCUACCAGGCGACUGCUCUGCUCUUGGAUGCUGAAGAGUGCGAGUUUCUCCUUAGCUACUUGCAGGGUUUAUCAUCCUUAACCUUCGAGCUCUCCUAUAAAUCAGCAGUUUUAAACGAGUGGACCAUCACCCCUCUGUCCCUGUCAGGUCUGUGUCCUGUUUCAGAGCUGCUGGAACCACUCACAUCCUCAACAUCUGAACCCCACAGAAAAGCAUCGCUGGGUUCCAUCUCCCAAUCAUCAGGGUCGGAUGAGAUCGAGAUUCAACCUUCUGUCCUACCCAUCAGCAAAGCCUGCAGCAAAAUCAAGCUCACAUCGUCCUCCUUGAGCCUCAACACCACGAGCUCAUCCCAGCUCUCCUCCAGCCUGGGCUCUGACAGCGUCCUCCCGGCUCCCUGCGCCCGCAGUCCGGAGCGGAGCGAUGAGCCGCUCUCCUGUGACUCCGACCUGGGGACAGCCACCACCAAGGACCUGGACCAGUCACUGCAAGAGGUGUUGUCUGAGUUCAGCAAAACCAAACCAAGCCUGGAAACCCCAGAGGGAGGGCUGGUCCCCAGCGUGCAGCCCACCUGCCCCCCAGCUGCAUCCUCCAUCCUCCCAGCACCAUCCCACGGAGCUCAUCAGCAAUCACCUCCCACCACCAACAGUCCACGCUCCCCUCAGGUGGGUGACACGGUGACCACCAGCAAUGGGGAUGGAGAUGCAGCCCCACAAGCUGACGGCCCGGCUGGUGUUUCGGCCACGCGACGUGGUGGUCCCAGCAGAGGAGAAAUAAGCCGAAGUGACACAGUUGGCAGCAGUGAUUCCAGCCAGCCCAUCCGCAGCCCCACGGCUGAAUAUCUCCUCUCUCCACUGCUGGCUUGUCCGAAAAGAAAGAGCUGGAUCUCAGAAGAUGAUUUCUACAGACCUUCUCCAGGAGAAGGCAGCCAAAGCACAGCCAGCACCAAUGGCUUUGGGCCAGAAGGGGCUGGUGAAGGUCUGGCCCCAGGGCUCAUUAGUGCUCUUGACUUGGAGAGGCUGUCGGUGCCGUCCUCGGAGAGCAGGAAACCCCAAAUGUCACCUGAACGGGAACAAAAGGGCUUCAGCGUUGUCCAUCGCAGGCAGAUGGGUCUUUCCAACCCGUUCCGAGGACUCCUGAAGCUGGGCAGCCUGGAGCGGAGAGGAGCCAUGGGGAUAUGGAAGGAGUUCUCCUGUGAGCUGUCACCGCUGGAGCUCCGGCUCUUCUUGGACCACGAGGACAGGAUCUGUGUGGAGAACUAUUCCCUGCUGCGGUGCGAGGCGCUGGCGCUGACGCACUCGGACGGCCGUUUCGAGCUGGUUUUCUUGGGGAAGAAGCUCUACCUACGAGCUCCUUCUCGAGAUGAAGCUGAGGACUGGCUGGACAGGAUCCGUGAGGCGCUGCACAAGUGCCGGCCUCAGCUAGAGGAGGAGGAGUGGGAGACACUAGAGUAUCCAGAAGAUGGUGGUGAAGGUCAGCCCAUCCAAAAUGACUCUUCUGCUCUUCUCCAGUACAGUGACACAACUGGGAACAGCUUUGACUGGACUCCAGUUCAUGAACCGGAGCUGGAUGCAAUAAAAGAAGCUGUUCUGUACGUGGACGUAGACAAAACCUGGGUCCCCUUUAUUUUUUCCCUGUCUCUAGAAACUUUGAAGUGCUUCAAAGUCAGAAACAACGAUAAAAUUUUAAGCAACAGUUACGGUAUAGAGACCAUCCAGGACAUUCUUCCAGACACGAGCCUUGGGGGACCUGCGUUCUUCAAAGUCAUCACCUCCAAAGCUGUCCUGAAGCUGCAGGCUGAGAACGCAGAGGAAGCAGCUUCGUGGAGGGAGCUGGUCCGAGGGGUGCUCAUGUCCUACCUGGAGAGCGCCGAGGAGGCACUGACGCUGGGUGGCAGCUUGGAUGGGCAAUCCCAGGUCAUCUUGAAGAACAUUGUGAAGGAGAAUGGCUUCUUGUUGCAAUACCUGGUGGCCAUCCCCAUGGAGAAGGGUCUGGACUCGCAGAGCUUCAUCUGUGCAG